AUGGUUGCGACGAUGGGUGGGUUUGGCAAGGACGAGAGGAGAGCGGUGAUGGUCGACUCUGCAUGGCCGCCCAAGUCUCCCCGCGACGCCUUGCUGAGCUCGCCGGGAGGACGAAGGAAAUACGAGGACAUGCAACAACGCCGACAGCUGCUUUCCUCGCCGUUGAAGCGCUCAAGCACAACUCCCAAUUUCCGAUCAAAAGCCGGACAAGUCCUGGAUGAGGGUGAGGAUGAAGACGAUAGUGAAGAGGACGAAGAAACACUGCAGUUGCAGCUCGCGGAGAUCAAGGCUCGCCUCAAGUUGAAGCAGCUACAGAAGAGUCGAGGCCGCUCUGGCACCGCAAGUUCGCGUACCGAAGAUGGGGAGGAGGUGCAUGCUCGUCCCUCUUCCGGUAUCAUACGGUCCCAGAGCCACGCUUCAAUCCCACGGAGCCCUGGAGGUGCACUUCGGAAGGCACCCACAAACGAUGUUCAGGUGCCAGUGUCACCAACACGGCGAGAUGCUCCCGCACCAGAACCGUGGUCCCCUCGGAGGUACAAGAUGGGCAUUGAUAAGGGCUGGAAGGCGGGUGAUGUGUCACUCAAACGGCCCCCUCGACCAACUAGCCAGCUUGAAACUCGAAGCGGCGCAAUGUCGCGUUCGAGCGACGUGUUUUCGGCAAGACCUCAGACCUCUCCCAGCAGUGGAGGCCUUCACAGGAUCAAAAGUUUUAGUGAGCGUAUGGCAGAGGGUCGAGCGGCCGAAAAGUCCCGCAUGGAGAGGGCAGAGAAAGCAGAGAGAGUGCACGCGAGCCGAAGCUCGGGCUUUCAAUUGGAUAACUCAGAGAUCGAGGCAUUCAAAGCUGCUGCUGCAACCGAAAAGCCUUCUACCCCCUCGUCUGUUAGUCGGGGGCCGCAAGCGCCAAGCUUCAGCCGUGAGGAUAUCCUCAGGUCUAUUGGCCCAAGUCGUUCUGGUAUUAUGAAGCGCAGCCAGACGACACCAAACAUUAGAAACAUGGAUGGUCACACGCAAGCUUUAUCACACAAAGUGUCUGAAGAAACAGAGCAGACAGAGAAUCCACCCGACCCGUCCAAAUUUGAGUCCUAUUCUGGACUACACCUGUCGAAUCGUAUUCUGCCGCACUCAUUUUUGAGCCGCAGUUUGGCCGACAAAACCACACUCAAGAUCCCUGAUCUUCUCAAAACGGUCAAAGCGCCUGCUUUUGAACUCCCAGAAGAGAUAGAUGGGGAUUUUGUGGUCUUUGGAAUCGUUGCGUCCAAGUCCGAUACUAAGCAGACCAAGGAUUCAGGGAAUGCCUCUGCCAAAACAGCUGAUCCUUACGAUGACGGCAUGAACAAUACCAACAGCUACAUGGCCAUGACCCUGACUGACCUUAAAUGGACCAUUGACUUGUUUCUUUUUGAUACUGCCUUUCCCCGUUACUACAAGAUCUCAGAAGGAACUCUCAUUGCGAUAUUGAACCCCACAAUUAUGCCACCUCCCAAGCAUAAGCUGGACACUAACCGGUUCAGUUUGUGCCUGUCCUCGUCAGAUGACAAGGUUCUCGAGAUCGGAAAGGCACAAGACAUUGGCUUCUGCAAGGCCGUUCGGAAAGAUGGCAAGACCUGCCAGUCCUGGGUGGAUGGCCGUAAGACGGAAUUCUGCGAUUUCCACGUGGAUCUUCAAGUGCGCCGCACCCAGGGGGCGCGCUCUGGUGUCAACAGCGGUACGGGUAUGUUUGGCCCUGGUGGCAAGUCUGGAUCACGUACUGGAAUCUGGAACAAGGGGAGUGCGACGAGGGGCCGUGGUCGAGGCUUGCUUCAUGGAUCCCCAGAAGAUUCUCCUUACGGAUCAGAGGCCAAAUUAAAGCCUGAAGGUGCUCGAUAUGACUUCAGCUCCCAGUCUGUCUAUUAUGUCGCGCCGGGGCCCAAGAACGGGGGAGCUGGUCGUGCGUCCUUCAACCCCGCUGCAGGUCACUCGGCCGCCAAUAUGCUGGAUGCCAACGAUGAUCCCUUCAUCGCGGCUGGCAUGAUGGGCCGUGGCAUGGAGAAUAAGGAAGAACGGAUGAGAAGGCGCCUGGCGGCUCAGCAGCGUGAGCGCGAUAUCACACAGAAACUCGUUGCUGGCCGCUCAGGCGGCGUGGGUGCAGAGUACCUCCGCUCGCGCACUGCUAACGAAAGCCCGGCCAGCGGUGGAAACAAGGACAGGCCGCCAGGUACUCCUCCAACGCCCAAAGCGUUGCCCUCGAGCCAGAGUUUGAACUGGACCACCUCUGGCAAAGCCAAGGAUGUUCGUCUGAGCCCCAUGAAACGUGCCCAUGACGGUGACAAACCUCACGGCAGUGGCGUUAAGAAAACACGAUUCAUCACCUCCAAAGGAAUCAGAGAAGCCGGCCGAGAUAGCUUGGGUGGUGAUGUAGUUCCGAUAGGACGGGUCCUUUCGGACGAUGAUGACGAUGACCUGGAGUUGGUUUGA